AUUGCAGUCGCACGACAUUGUGCACGAUUGGCGGUCGGCGGUGCACCGACGAAAACGAAAACGUCGUCGUCGUCGUCGUCGUCCCUACGCAUUUAGACCGAAAACGAAGACACGGCGGACGGUGAGCGUUUUUAAUCGUAUUAAAAAAUUAAAUACAACACACGCGCCGCUCGCAUGCACACCGGAGAUAAGCCGGCCUAACGUUGUUUAUUUUAUUCCGUUGCCGACCGUUACGCCGCCGCCGCCGCCGCCGCAAUAAUAUCGGUUAAACCGUCGUGGCUCGACGGCGAUAACGAGCGCAACGCCGCGUGUAAAAAGCAGUUCGAUCGGCUGCGAUCCGGGCAGUAUUGCAUGCACACGGUCGUGACGAUGAACGUACACGAGGUCGGCCGGCCGUCCGUCCGAUGACGAUGACGACGACGACGACCGAAUAGAAUAAUAAUAAUAAUAAUAAUUUAUCGUAAAAGCCGUCGCCGCCGAAAACUUAACCGACCGACUGACUGACCGACCGACAGCCAGUAGCAGCAGCCAUGGUCCUGUGUUUUGGUUGCUGUUCUUCUCGUGGAGACUAUUCACCAAUAGAUGAUGGUUUGCCAUCUCAUCACAUUAACAAUUUAGAUGUAGAAUACAUUGACAUAAAAUGUGGAUAUUCUUAUAACCUAUUAAAAAAAAUAAUAUUUAAUAUAAUUGCAAUAUGCAUGCUUGGUGUGCCAUACUUAGCCAUUCAUUGGUCAAUCAAAUUAAAAUUAUAUCUGCUUAUGACUCCUAGCCCAUUAUCAACUUCCGAUGUUGUUCUCGUUAAUGACGCGAAUAACAGCGAUGCCAUGUACGAUGUACACACUUCAAUAAUAAAAGACUCAAACGGAGAAAGGAAAACCGUAAGAUAUUUUAAACAUCAAUUACUAAAAUAUAUAUGGGAUGAGAAUGAAAAUGUAUUCAAAUUUCUACAAGGUCUUGAUAAUGGAACAACUACACUAUCAAAUUUGUUAGAAAAGUGUCACGGUCUCACUACUGAUGAAUAUACAAACCAAUUAGAACUUUUUGGCAAGAAUGAAGUGAUCGUAGAAGUAUAUUCUUACUGGAAAUUGUUUUUUGCUGAAGUGCUGAAUCCAUUUUACGUGUUCCAAAUAUUUAGUAUAUGCCUAUGGUUUUUUGAUGACUAUGAAUAUUAUGGUUUAUGUGUAUUGGUCAGUUCAGCUUUUUCUAUUGGCACUUCAUUAUAUCAACUGAAAGAGCAAAGUCGAUCACUUAAAGAAACUGUAGAUACUUAUAAUAAUGACAUUUACACUGUCCUAAGAAGAGACGAGGAAAAUGUAAAAGUAAAAGCUCAAUAUUUAGUACCUGGAGAUGUAAUUAUAAUACCACCAGGAGGUUGCAAUAUAGCUUGUGAUGCUUUAUUAUUAUCUGGUAAUUGUAUUGUGGAUGAAAGUCUUUUAACAGGAGAAAGUGAGCCAAUAACGAAAAGCCCUCCUUCGUCAAUUGAAGAAUUUUGCUACAGCAGUUCUUCGCAUAAACAUCACACAUUGUACUGCGGUACCAGGAUUUUACAAUCAAGAUUUUACGCUGGGGCUCAAGUGUUGGCUCUGGUGGUUAGGACUGGAAGUUCUACGGCUAAAGGGAAUUUGAUACGGUCAAUUAUGUUUCCAAAAGAUAUGGAUUUCGAGUUUUAUUUGGAUUCCAUAAAAUUUGUUAUAAUCAUGUUUGUCGUUGCUACCAUUGGAAUGCUUUACUGUGCCUACUUGUAUGUUAUAAGAGAAGCUUCUACAGAGUACAUAAUCAUAAGAAGUCUGGACAUUUACACUGUGGUUGUCCCCCCUGCAUUGCCAGCUGCAAUGACAAUUGGUAUUGUGCAUUCUAUGAAACGACUAAAACGCCUUAAAAUAUACUGCACAUGUCAGACCCGUAUUAAUGUUGCUGGUAAAAUAAAACUUGUUUGUUUUGAUAAGACUGGUACACUGACCGAAGACGGAUUGCACUUUUUUGGCCUAUUGCCUUAUGAUGGCUUGCAAUCGACUACAAAUAUUUAUAAUAAUUUAGUUAAAGACUUAUCACAAAUAGAUGUCAGAUCACCAAUAAUAGCUACAAUGGCAUCUUGUCACUCAUUAACUCACAUCAAUGGGUCACUAGCAGGAGAUCCAUUAGAUUUGAGCAUGUUUAAUUCAACUGAUUGGGAAUUGGAAGAGCCUGGUGCAGAUAGCUCAAGAUUUGAUAGUUUAUUACCUUCAAUAGUAAGACCAUCUAAAAAAAUAUACACGGGUGAAUCACCAAUUGAAAUCGGUAUCGUACAUCAAUUUCCUUUUAAUUCGAAAACGCAAAGUAUGUGUGUAAUUGGUCAAGUAUUUGGUACUCGGCGUUACACAGCAUACUGUAAAGGUGCUCCAGAAAAGAUUAUCCAAAACUGUUUGAAAGAAACAAUUCCCACAAAUAUUUUUUCUGUUUUGGAAGAAUUUGGUUCAUCUGGAUAUCGAGUAUUAGCAUUGGCAUACAAAGAUUUACCAAAAAAAGUGAACUGGAAAUCGUUAUACCACCUUAAAUUAGAAAAUGUUCAAUGUGAUUUAAUUUUUCUUGGAUUUCUUGUUAUGCAAAAUAAACUUAAACCACAAUCUUCUAAUAUAGUUCAACAAUUGAGAACAGCGAACAUAAAAUGUGUUAUGGUCACAGGUGAUAAUUUAUACACUGGAUUAAGUGUAGCAAGAGAGUGUUCUAUGAUUCCAUCUAAUAUAAAUAUUGCAGUACUAACAGCAACACCUAGCACCGAACUAACUAAAGCAGAAAUCAAACUUGAGCCUACUUUAGGGCAUACCUUAGAUAUACAAGAUGAAAAGUUAUGUUAUGCAAUCGACGGAAGGUCGUGGUCUGUUUUGGAGUCAGAUUAUCCGAGUUGGUUACCUUAUGUUGUCUCUAAAGGUCUUGUAUUUGGACGGAUGUUACCAGAGCAAAAAGUGAAACUUGUGGAGUAUUUUCAAAGUAUGGGCUAUGUGACAGCGAUGUGUGGAGAUGGAGCAAACGAUGCUGGGGCAUUAAAAGUGGCUCAUGUUGGCAUAUCACUUUCACAAGCUGAAGCGUCCAUAGCAGCCCCAUUUACUUCUCAAAUAACAAACGUAUCAUGCGUAACUAAAAUAAUACGAGAAGGACGAUGUGCUCUGGUUACCAGUUUUGGAAUAUUUAAAUAUAUGACAUGCUACAGUUUAAUACAGUUUAUUACAUUAGUUUUACUUUAUAGUGUAGAAAGGUAUAAUGUUGGGAAAUUUCCAAUUCUUAUACUUUGAUUUUAUUCUCACUACAUCAUUAGCUAUUGUAAUGGGUGAUAUCGAACCUACUGACAAAGUUCAUCCUCACCGUCCUUUGUCUAAAAUUUUGACUGCCAAAAACUUAAUACCACUAUUUUU